UAUCAGAUCUUCGGGUAGGCCCCUGCCUGGCUAGUACUACUGACCCGUGUGUCCGCCCGUCCUCCGCCGCACCCAUGGCGCUGCGGCGCCUCGCCCGCCGCCUCGCGCCGGUUCCGUUCCCGCCGCGGCUCCUCCCACUCCCCACCCCCGGCCACCUCCGCCUCUUCUCCAUCGGGGAAAAGGAGCCGCCGCACUUCAUGGCCGAGUACCUCGUCUCCACCUGCGGCCUCUCGCCGGCGGCGGCCGCCAAGGCCGCCCCUCGGUUCGCGCACCUGGGCUCCCCGGAGCGGCCCGACGCCGUGCUUGCCUUCCUCUGCUCGCAGGGGCUGGGCAAGGCGCAGGUGCGCGCGAUCGUGGCCCGGAAGCCGGCGCUGCUCCUCAGCGACGUGGACGCCACCCUCUCCCCCAAAUUCACCGCCGUGCGCGCGCUCGGCCUCCGCCGCGCCGACGCCGCGCGGCUCUUCGCGCUCUUCCCGGCGGCGCUCACCUACGGCGUCCGCUCCAACCUGCUCCCGCGGGUGCUCUUCUGGCUCGACCUCCUCGGGUCCACCACCUUGCUGAUGAAAUGGCUGGCCAAGACGUGGCUGCUCAAGUACUCCGUCGACCUGCUCCUGCGGAACCUCGCCGCGCUCCGCCGCCUCGGCAUCCCGGACGGCCGCCUCACGGCCGCCGUCCGGCUGCGGCCGACGCUCAUCAUGCAGUCGCCGGACAAGCUCCGGGCGCUGGUCGGCCGCGUGGAGGAGGCGUGCGGCGGGGUGCCGCCCAGCCCCGGGAUGUACUCGUGGUGCCUCUUCGCGCUGCACAACGUCGGCGAUCGCGCCUUCCGGGCCAAGAAGGCGGCCGUGACGCGCGCCCUCGGGUGCACGGACGAGGAGUUCGCCGGCAUGUUCCGGCGCGCGCCGUGCUUCGUGUUCGCCCCCGAGGCGCUGCUGCGGCGCAAGGUGGAGUUCCUGCAGGCCACCGUGGGGUGCAGCGCCGGGUGCAUCGUCAGGAACCCCCUGCUGCUGACGCUGAGCCUCGACGAGCGGAUGGCGCCGCGGUGCCGCGCCAUCGAGGCCCUGCGGUCCAAGGGCGUGGACAUCGGGAAGACGAAGAUGGUGAGCGUAGUGAGACUGCCGGAGGCCAUUUUCGUGGAGAGGUACAUUCUGAAAUACAAGGGAGAUGUGCCUGAACUCCUCGAGCUGUAUCCUCAAGCUCGAGUUUAAGCCACAACAUAAAACAGGGGUGUCUGUUAUCACCAUUUCGUUCUGCCACCAUGUUUAGGGCAGAACUUGUGCCCAGCCAUUUCAUUAACAUCAACGUUUCACUCUGAUAUACUCCCCUAGUGUCUGAUCCAUCGUUCUGCAUUUUGUGUGGGGUUUGAACAUACACCGAUUUACAAUUAUGCAACUAUUAACUGGCAUUCA